AUGUCUGCUCCCGCAAGAAGCGCCGCCCUCAAGAUCGAGUGGGCCAAGAUUACCUCCUCCCUCGGCCUAAAGGGUCAGACCGUCGCCUCCCUCCAGGCCUUCAAGAAGCGCAACGAGGAGGCCCGCCGCAAGCUCGUCGUUCUCAGUGCCCUGCCCCAGGAAUUGGAUAUCGCCCACUACCGCGCUAUCCUCAAGAACCAGGCCGUCGUUGACGAGAUUGAGAGGGCCUACAAGACUUUCAAGCCCGUCACCGUCGAUGUUACCAAGCAGUUGAAGACCAUCGAGGCUUUCGAGGCCCAGGCUAUCCAGAAUGCCCAGGCCACCAAGGGCAAGGUUGAUGCGGAGCUUGCGGACUUGCAGAAGACUUUGAAGAACAUUGAGGAGGCCAGGCCAUUCGAUGACUUGACUGUGGACGACAUUGCCAAGGCUCGCCCCGACAUCGAUGCUCGCACCGAACAGAUGGUUUCCAAGGGCCGAUGGAUGGUGCCUGGUUACAGGGAGAAAUUCGGAGACCUUGCUCUCAUUAGUAGACUCCUCAAUUCCCCACCCCCAAAUGCUUUACUCCACGAAGCGCAAGCUACACAACCUUAUAAAUGGGCCCCCACCUGCCGCCCCUCCUGCACCUCCGGUAGAACCACCGAGCAUACCACCUCCGGAAUCCCCUCGGACCUCGCAGACGCGCACAAGAAGCGCAAGAUCGGGCUCCCGAGCCGUUCCCGCCCGAGCAUCCGCGCUGUCAGCCCCGGGGGAUCUGUAAAGAGCACGGUAUCAGCUAGCUCAGCGCUCGUGGGCUCGCCUCUUAAGAACAGCCACACCCAUAGCAACCUUAACGAGCCAUUGCAGACUCCUGCGUAUGCGCCAUGGGAUAGAGCGGCGUUCUUGGAGCGCCUGAGGAGCUAUAGCGUGGAUAAAUGGAGUGCGAAGCCAGCUCUUGUGAAUGAGGUCGUGUGGGCAAAGAGAGGAUGGGUCUGCACGGAGAAGAAUAGGGUCAGGUGCACGGUGUGCAAGAAAGAAAUGGUAGUCAAGGUCGAGGUGGACGAAGAGGUAGAUCCUGAUACGGCUAGAGCAAUUGUCGAACGCUACGGAACUAUGAUCAUCAGCGAACACGAAGACUCUUGCCUCUGGAAGAAGCGCGGCUGUGACGAAACAAUCUACCGCCUUCAGCUUGCCAACCCUACUGUUUCCCGCCCAGCAUUCACGGAACGAUAUACCUCACUCCUCCGAGUGCGCAAUGAGAUCCCCCCGUCACUAUCGCACCCUGAGCUCGACCUCUGCUCGAUCAAGCACUCUUCCGAGGAUACGGAUAACGGGCCGAUCUUUGAGUCGGCAGUUAUACUAGCGCUCUUUGGAUGGCAGAACGAAGACCCGGGGAUUGCAAGCUUGGUUACUUGCUCAGCUUGCUUUAGACGAUUGGGGCUGUGGCUGUUCAGGAAGAAGGCCAAGGCAGAUGAUAUCAUGGACGUGGACUCCGAUGAUGGGGAGGAGGAAGCAAGUGUUAGCAGACUGGAUGUGAUUGGAGAGCAUCGUGAGUACUGCCCAUGGAUCAAUGCCGCCUCUCAAGGGAAGGAGGAAGGCUGGAAAAUGCUUUUGCAAGUCUUGCAACAAAAUCCUAAGCCUGCAUCAAGCGCGCUGAGCACGUAUAGUACCGUCAGCUCUGCACCACAAGAAAGAGAGGAGAGAUCUGCAACUCCCGCAGAAAGGGAUGCGGAGGAUGAUAGCAAGCUUAAAAGGCUACAGAGGCUGAAGUCUUUGUACUUUGGUAAGGGCAAGAAGAAGCCAAAGACCAAGGAUAUGUUUGUUGGGAAGGAGCGAGAUGACGCCGAGAAAUCAUGA